GAGAGAUUUGGACGUAACGAGACAGGCGGGUUGGCUGUACUGAAGCGAAGUGUAGCAAAUGUGGGAGUCAGUUGGGUGUGAGAGUGCUGCUGUUCCUGACCGCCGCCGCUGCCGUGCUAUGCCCUCCCUGCAGGAUGCCAUGGAGGUGGUGAGUGUAGCCGCUAACGUGGGCGAGGUACUCGGAGGUCCCCAGCCACCCACCACGCCCACCUUCUCCCACGACCAUGCCAUCCACGCCCACACAGACCACACAGACCGUGUGCGACCUGACGAAGAUGAGGAUGAGUAUGAAGGAGACUCCAGAAUGGACACCGAUCAGGAUCUUGGGGGCGAGGACGCCACCUGCGACCCCGAGGACGUCCCUGAGGAGUCUUCAGUGCUGGAUAUGAAUAUAUUCAAGCAAGAACCCUCCAGUCACCCCCUGGAGGAGGAGUCCAACCAUGAGCCAGAGUCCGCGCCUCUUGACGACGACGUCCCCGGUGACCUAAUGGACUGUGAUGACUCAGAGAGCGCCCCGAUGUUUAUAGACGACGACUCGUCCUCGCGAGCGUUUCCCGAGACCACGAAUGACGCUCCUGUAGGGUCACCCUCUACAGCCCUGCCCAUGCCAGAGGCCGGGCGACGCAACAAACGCAAGAACUUCAAGCCGCGUAACAUUGUGUACACGUACACGGACAGCGAGGACACGGAGGGCACCAGUGACGCUGAAACACGGUCGCACCUCGCGGCCUCAGACCCUCAUUACGACACUGCCGUCCCCGAGCCACUCGACUUAUCUGAGACGCCAACCAUGCGGCGCUCACUCAUGCCUCGGCGUUUGGACGAGGCCGUGGAUCUGACGGGCGGCGCGGGCGUGUCUGUGAGCAGCGGGGGCGUCAGUAGCCCCAGCGCCCACCCGCGCCUCAACGCCUUACUAUCCCGCCCCACCUCUCCCGGACCUCAUGAGGAUGGUGGUGGCGCCGACGCCUCCGACAUGAAGGAAUACGCCGAGCUCACUAUGCGACGUCUCCUCGGCCUCUACGGCCUCAACGACCUCCCCGACAACCUGGGACUACCUCCACCUGCACUAUAUCCAGGUACGCGUGUCCACAAUAGCUGUCCCUGGCAGACCCCACAACCCAGGGGAGUCGGCCACAUAAUACCUCACCAGCAGUCACCUCUCCAGCAGUAUAUCUCAGGUGCGUCUUGUACCCAGGUUCUUGAUCUACCUUGA